AUGUAUUUAUUUUAGUUGUAGUAUAGACGAUAUUGCUUUCAAAUGUGGGUCUACGUAUUGCUAGUUGCGUUGUCUUUGCACGUUACAUGUCAAGAAAGUCCGGAUACUAUGUUAUAUUAUUAUGGUAUAACGGAUUGUGUUGGUCGUCAUCAUCCUUCCCUAACGUCUAUAGGACGAGAGCGAGCGUAGCCUGCCCGAGUGCACGGCAGGCAUGGCUUGCUCGGCCGUGCUGCAGCGCUACUGGCGCGCGGCGGCGCUGGUGCGGCUGUGCCGCUGCCCGCGCCGUGCACGGUGCGACACGCUUCUCCCGCAAGACCAGCGGAUCGAGCUCAACAACCGCGCACACUUCCAAUUCUGUAAACCUAUCACCGACUGGCCGGACUGCACCCUCGGCGAAGUCCCGCUGACAGUCAAGUCUCCGUAUGCCCGCAUCGACCCCGAAGAUAUAGAAAAGCAACAUCACCAAAACAUACAACUUGCGCCUCCAAAAAUCACAUUCAAAUGCCGCUGUCGGCACCCUACGUAUUGGAAGUUGAUGUCUACUGUAGAAAACGAAGAUAUUACUCAAUAUAGAUGUGCUGCGCUGCCCUCUUGUAAGAUGGGCGAGUUGUGCGGUCAUGUGACCGCGGACUUAUUUGCGUUAUAUCAGUCGUGCAAGUGUCCUAAGCAUCAUAUCUGUGUGCAAGGUGGAGGCCUGCCGGAGAUCAGUAUGUCUGAGCUACUUUACCGGGGGAAAGGGUGGCGGGCGCAUUGUGAACGCGUCAGCGACGAUGAUAGCUACGAAGAUUACUAGUCCCACAGCCAUGCUGACCAUUACGUCUAAUCGAUAAACCUGGAUUUAAAUUAAAACCUGUUUCCUGUCGGUCACCUCUGUCAUCCUAUGUGCUGAAACUGUAAUAGAUGUAAAUAUAAUUACCCUGCUGGGCUGAGUGGCGAUGUGAGUG